AUGGCUAAUUUACCUAAUGUCGUGAUAAAUAGCAGCUGGGUGCUGUCUAGAGAGGUAACGUACCAGACUGCUGUCAAUGAUACCCACAGUCACCGGAAUGACAGCAUGGCAUCGGUAUCCGAGGUUAUUAACUAUGGUAUCAUAGUGUUUGGUGUAUUCGUUAUCUCGGCGACCAUUUUAGGCAAUAGUUUCGUUAUAUUAGCCAUAAUCGUCGAUAAAAAGUUACGACGUGUUGGAAACAUAUUUAUUGUAAAUUUAGCAGUGAGUGAUAUUUUAGUUGGUGCUAUCGUGUCCCCUCUAUCGCUCGUUUAUCAGAUAACGGGUGAAUGGCCCUUUGGACGGCAACUAUGUGACUUUUGGAUUUCUGUGGAUAUCAUAUGUUGUACUGCUAGUAUACUUAAUCUUUGUGUUAUAAGUUAUGAUCGCUAUAACGCUAUCUCACAGCCAUUGAAAUAUGCCAAACACAGGACUACCCGACGUGCGCUUACACUUAUAACGUUAGUGUGGUUAUAUGCUUGUGGCAUUGCAUUACCUCCUUUACUUGGUUGGAGAAAGGCUACAGAAAUGGCGUCACAUGGUCUUCAAAAAUGUCGAAUUACUCAGCAUGUGGGAUAUACAUUUUAUUCGACAAUAGGAGCAUUUUACUUGCCAUUGUUUAUCAUGGUAUUCUUUUAUACACGUAUAUUUUUGGUCACUAGCAGCCGGGGCAAACAGUGGGUGAGAGGUCCAGGUUCAAGCUGCAGAAUCCAACGCCGUAGAUCUCGUAACAAGAAGGAUAACGACAGUAAUAAUACGGUAUGUUGUUUACCUUGGCCAUGUAAGUCUAAACCGGAAAGUCAAAGAAGUAAAUCGGUAACAACUCAGACUGAUCGGUCUCAAGUUCGAAACUUUUCCCUCUCUUCUAGCAUAAGAAGAAGUACAUUUGAUUAUUCGUCUACGGCUCAAUCUGACUUGCAUCGUAAAGCUGUCAUGUUCUCCCCACGUGCUAGUACGGCGAGUACCAGUACGGGCGAGGUCGUGCUCGAGAUCACACAGGGACGUAGAAAACAGACUAUUCAUCGUCGUCUUUAUCGACAGAUCUCAAAUCCAAACAGUGAUUCAAGUUAUACGACGUCCACGACAACCUCGACCACCGCUGAAACUUCGUUUUCGGAAUCCUCGUCUGCUGGUUCAGACACUCGAACUACGAGACGCGCUUCAAAUGUAAUAUAUAACUUAUUAGCUGCUAAUAUUAUGGCUGCCGAGAUUCUCCGGGACAGUGUAAAAGGAGUACAAUUUGCGCCUCAACAUCGUUCACCUUUACUAAUAGAAGAAGAGAUCACACCGGAACCUUUAAUUCCUAAAGAGACUGCGCGAGCAACUCGCCGGAAACGGAAGAACUUGUCACUUCCGCACGAAAAACGUGCUGUUAAAACAUUAGGAAUCGUUGUUGGCUGUUUUAUAUUCUGCUGGCUUCCUUUCUUUGUUGUUACUGUUAUUAUACCCUUGUGCCAAAAUUGUUCUGUGAGCCCAAUGAUUACCGGUAUAGUCCUGUGGUUAGGUUAUUGUAACUCCGCCUGUAACCCUAUUAUAUAUACAUUCUUCAACGAGGAUUUUAGACGUGCCUUCAAAAAGCUGACAACGUGUGGAAAUUCAGUGUCCUCGCCUAUAUAUUUAUGA